AUGGAUUUUUCAGUAAUUCUAAGCUCUAUAUUUGUUAAUUACUGGUAUAUAGGGGCACUUUCAGCUAUAUGUUCUGCAAUUUCUGCAGCAAUGGGUGAUAUAUUAACACGUUAUUCAUUUGUAUAUGAAGAGAGUUUACCAGAAUCAGAAAGAAGAAUCUUAUUACUUCGACCUUACUGGCUAUGUGGAAUGACUCUAACUAUAAUUCUAAAUCCUUUAAUAACCCUAUUUGCAUAUUCAUUUACUGCUGCUUCAGUUGUUAUGCCAUUUGUAGGACUUCAAAUAAUAUUAUCAUUAGUAUUUGCACAUUUUAUUCUUGGGGAACAUAUUAGAAUUAUAGAUUAUGUAGCAUUUGGAAUUAUUUCAGUGGGAAUUACAGUUGCAUUAUUUUGUGGUGCAAAAUAUAUAAAAAUUAAUACUGAUGAAUUCUCUAUAACUGAUGCAUACAUAGCUUAUAAUGCAAUUUUAGGAAUUUCACUAGCUAUAUGUAUAUGUUUAUCAUUACCUAUUAACCCUUUGAUUUUUUGGACUAAAUUACAAAGAUUUUGUAUAACAACAGUUUCAGGAUUAGCUGGUGCAGCAUGCUGUGUUUCUGCUAAGGGUGGUAUAUUAUUAAUUGAAAUUGCAGCAAGUGGAGAAUGGUUUAAAUAUUUUAACCCUUAUUUAGUGGGUAAUAUCUUUGUAUGUAUUUCAAUGGCCAUAAUACAAGUAUUUUAUUUAAAUUGGGCUUUAUUACGUUAUCCUGCAACUUUUGUUGUACCAGUUGUAAAUUCUGUAUUAAUAGCAGUUGGUAGUACAGGGGCUAUUAUUGUAUAUCAGGAAACACCAAGAAAUUCCCUUGGAUUUAUACUUGGUGUUAUUGCAGUUAUUAUUGGAAUAAUAAUGCUAAGCCAUGCAUCUAACGAUCGUACACAUUGUUCAAUAAGAGGACCUCGUGAAAUAAAUAAGGAUAUUAAUAAUUUACAAAAGCAUAUAUUGAUGAGUCAAGCAUCUACUGCUGCAAACUCAUUUGAGGCAUCAUCAAUAUCAGGUGAGAAUACAGAAGAUAUAAUAGAUUUGGAGACAGUAAAUUUAGUUGACAAAUAG